CUUUCUCUCUCUCCAUUCUCAUUCUCUGAAUCUGCAUUCUUCACUCACCCAUUGAGCCACAUUAUCCUCAAUUAUUAAUAUUAUUCUUAUCCACUACCGACAAUGGAGACAGUGUUGGUGCCUCCUUGGCUUGAACAGCUACUACACACACACUUCUUCAGUGUGUGUCGAAUUCACACGGAUGCCGCUAGAAGCGAGUGUAACAUGUAUUGCCUAGACUGCAAUGGCGAUGCCUUUUGCUUUUAUUGCCGUUCUUCAAAACACAAGGAUCAUCAAGUCAUUCAGAUAAGACGAUCUUCGUAUCACGAUGUAGUGAGGGUCGCAGAAAUUCAGAAGGCUUUGGACAUAAGUGGAGUUCAGACAUAUGUGAUCAACAGUGCUCGAGUUUUGUUCCUGAAUGUGAGGCCUCAGCCAAAAUCUGGAAAAGGAGUAGCUCACAUUUGUGAGAUUUGCGGAAGAAGCCUCUUGGACCCAUUUCGCUUCUGUUCUUUGGGAUGUAAGCUUGAGGGAAUAAAGAAAAAUGGGGAACAGCAAGAAGAAAGAUUGCGUGAAGGAUCAACACAAGACAUGUAUCUGGCUACGCCUCCUCCACCUGCUUCAAAUGCAAGGAGAAGAAAAGGAAUUCCUCAUAGGGCUCCUUUUGGGUCAUAA